GACACAGCUCGUUUCUCUGCAUUCACCACUCUCUACUGUGUCAAACUACGCGGCGUUAGUUACGUUGGUGAAAUUACACAAAUAUUACACAAAAUUUCGUUUGUUUACAAAAAAAUUUGUAAUUUUCGUUUCAUUUAAAUAAAAAUAUAUUAAAAAAACUACAGAAAACACAGGAGAAAAGUGCAUAAAAACUGUACGUUAAAAAAGAACGAAGAGAAAACCAGAAAAAAAUUUUGUGCCUGUAGUUGUUGUGUUCGUGUAUGAGUGGAAGUUUCAAUACAAGCAAAGCAACCUACGUUUUUUCGUGUGAAUACCAAAAAAGAGAAGUGUGCUGUGGCAAUUCUAAGUGAAAAUAUCUUCUUUCGUGUAUAUUGUUUGAACAAAUUGAAUUUUUGAUUUUGUAAAAGCCAAACGUUGUAAGGGAUUUACACAAUAUAUUGAAAUUCAGUACAAACAAAUAGGAAACAUGUCUGAGGUUGUUGAAAAUAUUGGUGAACAACAAAAUAGCGCGCCAUCUAAUGAGGCAGCGCAGCCAACAGAGGCGGCAGAAGUAGAGAUUACGAAAAAAGAUGAAGUUGAUGCUUCUUCAUCUGCUGCCGCCCAUAAUGAAGCCGAAAAAACUGCCACCAACAAGUCUCCAGAUGCUGAUGAGGAGUCUAAUUUAAUGCCAAAACCGGCUGAAGAAUCAUCGUCACCAGUUGCGGAGAACAAAAAGACUCCCGCUAAGAGAACUCCAUCUAAACGCAUGUCCUUUAUUGAACGUGCUCAAAAAGAAAGCGAAGAACUGGUGAAAAAUAUGGGAGGAAGUUUGGAAAUGGAAGGAGGUCGACGAACACGUUCCAGCGCAAGAGGAACACCGACAAGAGCUUCUGCAGCAGCUACACCACCUCCAGCCAAAAAGGCGCGUACAUCUCCAGCUAGUGGUACAUCUACGCCUACUCGAGGCCGUGCCCGCGGGCGUAAGUUGGACACUUCGGUUGACACCGCCGCCGAUCAAGAAGAUGUAGAAGAAGAAGAAGAGGUGGAAGCAAAACCUACACCCAGCAAAAAGAAGACGCCAGCUAAAGGAAAAGGCAAGGCUGCCGCUAAAAAUGAUGAAGAAGAGGAAAUCACUCCAGAAAAUAAAGAAGAAGACAAAAAAACAGAAGGAGAUACAGAAGAAGUAUCAUCGGAAGAUAAAGUUGAUUCAGAGGAGCAAAGUAAAAAGGAAGAAAUUCCUAUGGAAACUUCUGUCCCUGAAGUGGAAGAAGAAAAGGCUACAGAAAAAUCGCAGGAGUUGGUCGAGGACACUGCCGUGGAACAACCUCCAGCUACAGUGGAAAAGGAUAUUCCUCCAAAUGAAGAUGCCACAGUUAUUGCCUUGCCUUCCGUAGCCGAAGAGACACUAAGUCAGACCGCCUCUUUAGUGGAAGAAACUUCUAAGAAACCUGAUGAGGUAGUGGUUGUGCAAUCAGACUCAGAUGAUAGCCCCAUGGGAUCUGACGAUGUUGAGCUGAUUGAGAAUGUGGCUAAGGAAGUUGAAACACAGCCAGCACCAGCUGUUGUUCCUCAGAGUGAGAAAGCUGAUGAAACUAAAGUUAAAGCACCUGCAGUUAUUGAUAACACACCUGAACCCAUGGAAGUCGAUUCUAGUUCUGCUAGCGAAGAUGUUGUCGACAAAAUGUCCGACGAUGUAACAAUAGUGGAAACUUCAUCGCAGCCACAAACAGCAGUCGAAGCUGAUGUUGUUGAUUGCAUAACUGAUAGUAAAGCUGCGGAAGUGGAGAUCGUUAAAGAAAAUUCCGUUGAAAUUGUUGCCUCUGUUGAUGCCAUUGAAACUACAAACAAUUCAAGCACAGUUAAUUCAUCAGAAGAUCCUGCACCUGCCGCCACUAUUGUUAAUAAUAAUGCGGACGAAACAACACCUGCUACUAAUAAAAAUAGUGAAAGUGACUUAUGUGAACCAAAAAUUGCAACAUCACCCCCAAUAACAACAGCGACUACUGACAACAACAGCUCAGUCACAACGACGCCGCAGACAUGUAAUUAGCUUGGAAGCUAUACAGAAACAACACCUAAGCAGUAAAUUCACACACAAACACACCCACGCCCACAUACAAACAAACAAAUAAAUAUCUAAAGUCUAUAUCAUUUUUAACAAAAGCAAAUAAUUAGAAAGAGUUAAACCCUUUUUAUAAAAUUAAAUUAAAGAAUAGCAACUACGUGCUCCCUUCUAAACUGUUUUAAAAUCUUCGCCUGGCAUGUUGUCUUUUAUUUUUUUUUUAUUAUUAGGUUUAGUUACAUCUUUUAACAAACAAAAGAAGAAAAAAUAGAUCUAACCUUUUUCAAAAAUAUAUACCUAUAUAUUCUAUUUUGGAUUUAUGACAUUUAACAAAUUCUCCCUAAGCCCCCUGCCCCACUACACCGAUACUACCGAUAAGUCAUACAUUGUUUUCAAAAUGUAUAUUAACUAAAAUAGCAAACAAAACAAUUAAAUUCUUCAUAUAUAUAAAUAGUUAUAUAAACUGGAUUAAUAGUUUUUACGUCUAAAGUUAAAAUUAAAAUAUUAUUAAUUAAAACAAAGUUCAACAAAGAAAAUAAAUAAAUAAAACAGAAAUGGAAAUAAAUGCAAACAAA